AUGACCGUCCCCAUCGCCAAGUCCUUCUACGACCUGAGUGCCACCUCCUUGCAGGGGGAGAAGGUGGAUUUCAACGUCUUCCGGGGCCGCGUGGUCCUCAUCGAGAACGUGGCGUCCCUCUGAGGCACCACGGUGCGGGACUACACCCAGCUCAACCAGCUGCAAGCCCGCUACCCCCGGCGGCUGGGCGUGCUGGGCUUCCCCUGCAACCAAUUUGGCUACCAGGAGAAUGGCACUAACGAGGAGAUCCUCAACAGCCUGAAGUAUGUGCGGCCAGGGGGUGGCUUCGAGCCUAACUUCACCCUCUUCCAGAAGUGUCAGGUGAAUGGGAAGGACACCCACCCCGUCUUCGCCUACCUGAAGGCUCACCUGCCCCAGCCGACUGAUGAGGCGGUAAACCUGAUGACCGAGCCCCGAUUCCUCAUAUGGAGCCCGGUACAGCGCUCCGACAUCUCCUGGAACUUUGAGAAGUUCCUGGUGGGUCCCGAAGGGGAACCUUUCCGGCGCUACAGCCCCCGCAUGCCCACCGCCCAGCUGGAGCCUGACAUCCAGCGUCUCCUCAAGCUGGCCAAGUAG